UACUACCAAGAAGCUGGUCGAGCUGGAAGAGAUGGGGAAUUGGCUGAGUGCGUGCUCUAUGCUAAUCUAUCGAGAGUACCAACACUUUUGCCGAGCCGUAGGAGCAAAGAACAGACAGAACAAGCUUACAAGAUGCUAUCUGAUUGCUUCAGAUACGGAAUGAACACUUCACAGUGUCGAGCGAAAAUACUCGUGGAGUACUUUGGGGAGGAUUUCACUUCCAAGAAGUGUAACUUAUGCGAUGUUUGCACUAAAGGGCCUCCAGAGCAAGUUAAUGUACGAGAGGAAGCUAAUCUUUUGUUUCAAGCAGAGACUAGCUCUGAGCAUGCAUCAUAUGAAGAUUACGGACUCGGCAACAGCAAACAGAAGAAGUUAUCUUACAAACCGAAUCUUUUCUUCUUCAUCAGUAGAAUCAGGGAGCAGUCCCAAAAACUCAUGGAGAUAGAUCGUCUUUGGUGGAAAGGUCUUGCCCGUAUCAUGGAAGCCGAGGGAUACAUCAAAGAGAUGGACAACAAGUCUCGUCGAGUUGAGAUAGCUUUUAUAGAACCAACAGAAAAGGGGAGGAAGCAACUAGCUUUCGAAGAUGACAAGCCACUUUAUGUAUACCCAGAAGCAGACAUGCUGGUUUCAUUGAAACAACGCAGAACAUACAGCGGAUUCUCAUCUUGGGGCAAAGGAUGGGCAGAUCCAGAGAUCAGACGCCAACGGUUAGAGACAAUGAAACGCCCAAGAGAAAGGAAACCACGAAGAGAACGAUCACGUCAACAGCAACGUCCUUUGAAGUUACAGAAGAAUCUUCCAUGGAAAAGCAAAGAAUAAACCUCUCUCAAGUUCGUUCUUCUUUGCUCUCAGUCCCAUGUUCAGGCAGAGACGUCGAGCCAUAGAGAAGCUGAAGCUAGUGAAUGAGGCUUUGGUUGCUGCGGAAGAGAAUGUUGCGAGGCUUCAAGAGCGCCAUGAUGUGAUUCUCAAAGAGAUAUGUUCUUAUUACCUCGUUAACUCCGAGCUACAAGAAGCUUUGGUUGCAGCUCGAGCAGCCGUUGAUGUUGCUUCAGGUUUUGUCAUAGAGCUUAGAAGAUUACAGUUGAAUUUAUUAAACUCACUUUCUUAAUGUAUGUUAAACACACGUAU